AUGCCCCAGUAUGCCAAGUUCCUUAGGGACGUUGUCUCGCGCAAGAAAAAGUUGGGGGAUUUCGAGACUGUCAACCUCAACGAGGAGUGUAGUGCAAUUCUACAAAGAAAGCUGCAUGCGAAGAUCAAGGAUUCGAGCAGUUUCACCUUAUCAUGCAUUAUUGGAGGCCAGCAGUUUGGAAGGGCGCUCUGUGAUUUGGGAGCGAGCAUCAAUCUUAUGCAUCUCUCUAUUUUUCAGCGACUGGCCAUUGGGGAGAUGAAGCCUACAUCUAUGGUGUUGCAGAUGGUAGAUAGGUUGGUUACCUACCCACAUGGAGUUGUGGAGGACGUGCUUGUAAGGACCCAGCUGAGCAGAAAUCUCAGGGAAGAGACAUGGCCGGCAAGUGUGGAGCAGAGCGUGGUUGAUCGCAACAUUGCUUGUACCAACCUCCUUGAGGAAAUUAUUUUUCUGUCGAGCUAA